AGACACACCACGCGUGGCAGAGCACACCACGCCCCAAUUCGAGAUCGAUCAGCUCCAGCUCGUGGAGUGUGCGUAGCUUGAUUGCACUUGCGCAGCGAGGUUAAUCAGCUGCAACGGCGGCGAGGUCGUCGUCGCGGAGGAGAGGACGGCGUCUGUUUCGGUGGUUGGUGCUUCCGCCAUGCUGCAGGGGGAGGAGAAGAAGGCCGGGAAGGUGAAGAAAGGGUGGCUGGCGGUGAGGGUCGGGGUGGAGGGCGCCGACGGCGGCGACGGCGGCGGGUUCCGGCGGUUCGUCAUCCCGAUCGCCUACCUCUACCACCCCUUGUUCCGCCGCCUGCUUGAGGCGGCGCGCGACGCCUACGGCUACGACUCGGCCGGCCCGCUCCGGCUCCCCUGCUCCGUCGACGAGUUCCUCCGCCUCCGCUCGCUCGUGGAGCGGGAGACCCACGCGGCCGGCGGCGGCGGCGGCGGCUCGUCGUCGCCGCACCGCGUCCACGCCGGCGGCGGAUCGCACCACCACCACCACUACUCCUUCUCCCCGUGCACCCGCGCCAAAGUCAGCUCCUGAUCGAUCGAGCUCGCUUCCGUGCGCCAUGGCGGAGUCGAUCUGCCGGCGAGGACGCCCCGCGUACGUGUACAGUAGCGAUUAGCUAUAGCUAGCAGAGACAGUACACGACGAGAGGAGAGUGGAGUGGCAUACAGUAGCUAGGUGAUUAGUGAUUUGCUCCGGGUUUUCGAUCUCAUGAUUUUGGUCUCUUGAUUUCCCCUUCUUCUUCUUGAUCUUUUUGAUCGAUCUUGUAUAGACGCAUGUAUGAUAGAAUUGACAGGUCGACUUAUGUAUGUAUAAUUAUCAGUUGAACUCACAGUUCAUAGCUAUUAUAUUCUCUUCACACAUUUUAUA